UCUAAGAUGAUCACAAUUUGGUGGAAGUUGAAAGCCGUCUGUGAUCUUGUUCUCAUCAAUUGUUUCAUCAUUGCCUGGAUCGUCAGUGCUACGACCUUAGGCCUUUCCACCACGGGAACUAUCAGUAUCGUCUUGUCAAUCGUACUGCCAGUUGUGUUCAUUUUAAUUCUGAUGUGCCUGGCCAUUAAAAAGGAUUUGGAUGCAGGUGAUUCCAUCAAGGACACUUUAAUUGCAGCCUUGCUGCUCGUUGGCCUGAUGUUGCCAUUGGUGAAUGUUCUGCUUCUGCUUUACUUGAUCUACAAGAAGAUUUUCGAUGAAGAUUGGGUUUUCUUCCAGACUGGUUUCUUUAACAUGGUAUUCUUACUUGGCAUUUCUGUCAGCAAUUCGAUUCCAGGUUUUUACAGCGAGGACACUGUCACAUUUGCUACGUCAAUCACAAUGGUGGUGUUGCUUGUAGUGGCUGUUAUUUCAUUUGUGAUUUUAUGGUGGAAAGAUGAUGAUACAUUUCAAAGAUGGAUGUCGGUCUAUAAUGUUGGUUUUCUCAUUGUCAUCGUCAUUGCUACAAUUUCCUGGAUGGCGUUUAAAGGCCUCAGACCAGAGGAUGUAGGAGUUGCCAUUACAUCGAUGGUGGGACUGGUGUUUUCUACAGCAUAUGCUAUUAUAUUCAUGUGCUGGUCAAGGAAAAAAUACCCAGGUACCUGUUAUUGUCUAAUUUGCAUUUCAGCAGAAAUACCGAGUGACUCCUGUUGA